UAGCAGAGAUGCGCCUCUUGAAAACACUGUGCUUUCUCUUACUUGUGGCUUUAUUGACUGAGGUACAACAGGCUCAAGGAAACUGUGAUAUUACGUCCAUUACGUCGCCUUCAGCUUCAAGCUUGUACAUAAAAUGGACGAGUUUUCCUUUAGCCACGAGCUACUUCAUGGACUUAAGGGUCGUGAAUUCGACCACUGUGUCCCCCGUCGUGAUGCAGUUCACAGCGUCCACGACGGAGAAACUGGUGCAGGGAAUGCGGCCUGGAAGCCUUUACCAAGUCACGCUUAAGGUCUACCAGUUUUACUAUGUGAUGUGUAUCAGCUCCACAUUAGCGCAGACAGUUCCCGCAGCCUCACAGAUCACGUUUUCCAAGGCCAUUUCGAGCACGUCGAUAACGUUUCAGUGGUCCAGCGUCGUGGGAGCCGACAGUUAUGUGCUGGUGGUGGAGGGAGCGUUUCACAACGAGCACCACAACCAAACCUUCACAUCACUCAGCGGGGACGUUACAGGACUUCAGCCGGCCAAACCCUACAACUGCUACAUCUUCUCCUCCAACGCGGCUGGGCUGGGCGCUAAGAGCUCUGUAAAAUCAGUUAACACACUGGUCCAGCCACCAGGUGUUGUGACUGUGACAACAGUAAAUUACAACACGGUUCAAGUCACCUGGUCCAGCGUCUCUGGCGUGUUGCUCUACCAGGUGUCGCUGAUGGAAAAUAACCGGUCAGGACUUCCUCCCAUGACUUGGAACACGUCUGCUACCUCCCUGAAUAUAUCUAACCUCAAACCAUGUUCAAGCUACACAAUAGGCGUUUCAUCUAUUAAUAUGUUUCUGCAGCCUGGGGAGCCAUCCACUGCCCUUUACACCACCAGUUCUAUUGCUUCAGUGCCAUCAAUAUCAGUGGACUACAGUUGUACUAAUGCCAUCGCAACUGUUAGUUGGGAGGCUGUGUCUGGUGCUAGGUCGUACCGCGCAGUGGCCACUGGAAAUAAUGGAACAUCUUUGUCCUGCACCACCACUGGCACGUCCUGCCAGAUUACCACACUUAGAUGUGGUGAACGCUAUGCUGUACGGAUCUCUAGCAUCGCUGACUGCGAGAGCACCUCCAACAUCAGCUACGUUUUUGAAACAGCACCCUGCCCACCCCAGAACCCGACUAUUUUCCGUGAGUGUUUCAGCAACGUGAUCAUAUUCUCGUGGGCUCCAACCAACAAAACAGCAUAUUACAUCGCCCAGUCUGUGGACUCAGAUGGGGUGGUGAACGAGUGCGUUACCAUAGACACUUCCUGCUACUUCAUUCAGACGGACUGUGGCCUCACAUACAGCUUCACUGUCAGCUCUGUGUACUCUGGUGCUCAGGGCUGCAACACUGGGUCCACCUUGCCAGUAACAAUUAGCACAGCACCCUGUUUACCCCAAAACGUUCGCACCGUGGCAAUGGAUUGUCUGUCAGACACGUUGAUGACCAUGUGGAACCCAGCCCGGGGAGCCCUCCGCUACACAGUGCAGGCACGCGGUAACCGUGACGACUUCUACAACUGUACAUCCCGAGGAACUAACUGUACGAUGACCGGUGUGAAUUGUGGCCAGAGCCUGAGUGUGUGGAUCACGGCUUCCAACAAUGAGUGCAUGACUGAUUUCAUGCUGGUGGAUGUAGCUGAGACAGUUCCCUGCGCUCCUCAGGACAUUUCAUUGGUGGAUACCUGUGGCUCUUUCUCCAUCACUCUCAGGUGGCUUACCAGCAAUAAUGCCAUUUUCUACACAGCCAAAACUAUCUCUGCAGACGGCACGAUCCGCUUCUGCAAUACCAUGAACACUGAGUGUGAGAUCACGGGUCUGCAGUGCGGACAAACCUACGAGGCCUUCGUCAUGUCAACCAACUUCAUCUGCAACAGCACCGACAGCCAGCACAUUGCUGUAAAGACAGCUCCCUGUACCCCUGUGAAUGUGCAGGCAGUAAAGGACUGUCAGUCAAACACAGCUACAGUGCAGUGGCAGGGCCAGCAGUCUGGGGGCUCUUACACUGCUCUGUUAGUGGAUAAUGAAGGAGGCAUGCUGAACUGCAGCACCAGCAGGAAUAACUGCAGCAUACCCAGCCUUCGUUGCGGACACACCUACAACAUCACUGUCAUGCAAAACAACACACACUGCAACAGCCUGCCAUCCGCAACCAUUCAGAUGGAGUCAGUCCCCUGUGCCCCAAAGCAGGUGGUGGGUAUAGUGAACUGUUCGUCAGGUUCAAUGACAGUAGGCUGGAACAGCUCAGCUGUGGGUGUGAACUAUACGACAGUGGUAUGGUCAGGAACAGGAGGUCCACUCUACUGUAACUCAAAAGAACCCCACUGCAGUGUGGGACAGCUGGACUGUGGAAAGGCCUACAAUGUGAUGGUGCUGGCUGCAAGUGGGAGCUGCCAGUCUGCUCCCAGUCAGCAGAUUACAGUAGAGCAAGUGCCAUGUGUGCCCACCAAUGUCUCCGUGUCUCGAGUUUGUGGCGCUACUUCUGUGGGCAUCACCUGGGCCCCCAGCACUGGAGCCCACACAUAUAUAGCCAUUGCCAUAGAUACCCAUGGUCAGAGGUCACAGUGCGUCAGCAACAGGACUAGCUGCAGCAUCGCUAACCUCACCUGCGGUCAGAUGUACAGUGUGGGUGUCAUAGCAGCCAAUGACAACUGUAGCAGCCAGCUGAGCCAAACAGUGUCUCUGUACACAGACCCCUGUGGCCCCACUAGCGUUUCAGGAUUGGUGAACUGUUCCUCUUCAACUGCCUCUUUAUUGUGGACUCCCAGCCCUAAUGCACUGGGCUACAUUGGAAGGCUGGAGAGUUAUGGGGAUGUGCGAACCUGUAAUGUCAGCACCGUGGGUUGCCAGAUCUCUGGGUUACUCUGCGGUCAGCGCUACAGCUUUAGCGUGUUUGCUACAGAUGGGAGCUGUGCUAGUGCUCAGACUGCUCCCAUACAGUUGGAUACAGCUCCAUGUGCUCCACAAAACGUGUCCACUGUUCUUGCAUGUGAUACUAACUCUGUGACUGUGAGCUGGAGCCCUUCUGCAGUGCCUCAGAACUAUAUUGCCUCCGCAGUAUGGAGUGGAGGCACUGCACUGUUCUGCAGCUCGCAAAACACCAGCUGUAGCAUGCAAGGCCUUCAGUGUGGCCAGCAAUACAAUAUCACAGUAGCUGCAUCCAAUGGCAACUGUAGCGGACCAGCAAGCCCUGUGCAAUCUAUACAGACAGCCCCCUGCAUCCCUCAGAAUGUGAAUGGCCGUGUUGCAUGCGGAUCCAGCUCCCUGGUAGCAUCUUGGGACGCUGCCCCUGGGGCCAACGGUUACAUUGCCACGUUAUCUGCCUCUGGAAAGUUCCCUCAGAUGUGUGUGACAGGCAACCUAUCAUGUGUGUUCAGUGGACUGCAGUGUGCCAGUCGGUACAGUCUCAGUGUAACAUCACAAAACGGGAUCUGCAACAAUACUAACAGCUCAGUCACCACUCUCAGUACAGGUCCCUGUGACCCUCAGAAUGUUACAGCCAUACUCCAGUGCAGUAGCAGCAUUGCCACAGUGAUGUGGAGUGCCAGCACAGGUGCAAGUAAAUACACAGUGUUGGCACAAACAGAUGGCGAGCAAACACUUGCUGCUUCCUGCUCCACCAGCAGCACUUCCUGUCAGCUGACCUCUUUGACAUGUGGGAAGACAUUCAAUAUCACAGUACUGGCAGGGGAUGCAACCUGCAACAGCACCUCCCAGUCUCGUGCUGUGGUAGUCACAGCCCCAUGCCUCCCCACCAUCCUCAGUACCUCCCUGGACUGUGCAACAAAUGCAGCCCUGUUGUCAUGGACUCCUGUCCGCAAUGCCAUCCGUUACAUUGUCAACGCCACCUCUACAAAUGGGCUCAUGUCAUCAUGCAUUUCCCCAAACUUCAACUGUAGUCUGACUGGACUACAGUGCGGCCAGACAUACAGUGUGUAUGCUACUGCGAGAGGGGAGCAGUGUGACAGCUCACCAAGCACCAGUGUCACUGUCAUUACAGCUCCUUGCUCUCCUUCCAUGGUGAAUGCCUAUUAUGACUGCAGAAACAACACUGCUCUCAUAGGCUGGAAUAACAACAAUGCAAGCACCUUAUUUGUUGCCCUUCUGGAAGGAGAUGGGUACAGUGACACUUGUAGCACCACAGGGACAAACUGCUCCAUUACUGGAUUAAGGUGCGGUCGUGCCUACAAUGUUACUGUGAAAGCCGUUUCCAGUAACUGCAACAGCAGCUACAGCCAGCCAACUGGAAUCCAGACAGUGCCCUGUGCCACGCAGAAUGUGAGCGCCUCGUGGCAGUGUUCUAACAGCAGUGCAGUGGUGGUGUGGGCACCCACAGCAGGUGUGAGUCUGUACAGUGUGACGGCACUGGGGAGGGAUGGAGAUGUUAAACAGUGUAACUCCACCACCAGCACCUGCCAGCUCAGCCAGAUGCACUGUGGGCAAAUCUAUAACAUCACUGUGACGCCUUACACCAACAACUGUUCGGGAGUCCGCAGCACAGCAGUUAGCUUCAGCACAGGUCCUUGUGCUCCCUCUAACCUCUCUGUGGUUCUGCAGUGUCAGGGAAAUCAGGGCAUAGCCUCGUGGCUUCCAGCUGUAUGGGCUGAUUCCUAUGUUGCCACAGCAACUGCCCUUGAUGGGCACACGCACACCUGCGCUUCAAACACCACCAGCUGCUCUUUCACUGAGUUGCACUGUGGUGAAACCUACUCUGUUACUGUGGUCACGUUGAUCAAUGGUUGUCCCAGUGACCCCAGCGUUGCCGUAGCAAUAAGAACAGUGCCCUGUGCCACGCAGAAUGUGAGCGCCUCGUGGCAGUGUUCUAACAGCAGUGCAGUGGUGGUGUGGGCACCCACAGCAGGUGUGAGUCUGUACAGUGUGACGGCACUGGGGAGGGAUGGAGAUGUUAAACAGUGUAACUCCACCACCAGCACCUGCCAGCUCAGCCAGAUGCACUGUGGGCAAAUUUAUAACAUCACUGUGACGCCUUACACCAACAACUGUUCGGGAGUCCGCAGCGCAGCAGUUAGCUUCAGCACAGGUCCUUGUGCUCCCUCUAACCUCUCUGUGGUUCUGCAGUGUCAGGGAAAUCAGGGCAUAGCCUCGUGGCUUCCAGCUGUAUGGGCUGAUUCCUAUGUUGCCACAGCAACUGCCCUUGAUGGGCACACGCACACCUGCGCUUCAAACACCACCAGCUGCUCUUUCACUGAGUUGCACUGCGGUGAAACCUACUCUGUUACUGUGGUCACGUUGAUCAGUGGUUGUCCCAGUGACCCCAGCGUUGCCGUAGCAAUAAGAACAGUGCCCUGUGCCACGCAGAAUGUGAGCGCCUCGUGGCAGUGUUCUAACAGCAGUGCAGUGGUGGUGUGGGCACCCACAGCAGGUGUGAGUCUGUACAGUGUGACGGCACUGGGGAGGGAUGGAGAUGUUAAACAGUGUAACUCCACCACCAGCACCUGCCAGCUCAGCCAGAUGCACUGUGGGCAAAUUUAUAACAUCACUGUGACGCCUUACACCAACAACUGUUCGGGAGUCCGCAGCGCAGCAGUUAGCUUCAGCACAGGUCCUUGUGCUCCCUCUAACCUCUCUGUGGUUCUGCAGUGUCAGGGAAAUCAGGGCAUAGCCUCGUGGCUUGCAGCUGUACGGGCUGAUUCCUAUGUUGCCACAGCAACUGCCCUUGAUGGGCACACGCACACCUGCGCUUCAAACACCACCAGCUGCUCUUUCACUGAGUUGCACUGCGGUGAAACCUACUCUGUUACUGUGGUCACGUUGAUCAGUGGUUGUCCCAGUGACCCCAGCGUUGCCAUAGCAAUAAGAACAGUGCCCUGUGCCACGCAGAAUGUGAGCGCCUCGUGGCAGUGUUCUAACAGCAGUGCAGUGGUGGUGUGGGCACCCACAGCAGGUGUGAGUCUGUACAGUGUGACGGCACUGGGGAGGGAUGGAGAUGUUAAACAGUGUAACUCCACCACCAGCACCUGCCAGCUCAGCCAGAUGCACUGUGGGCAAAUUUAUAACAUCACUGUGACGCCUUACACCAACAACUGUUCGGGAGUCCGCAGCGCAGCAGUUAGCUUCAGCACAGGUCCUUGUGCUCCCUCUAACCUCUCUGUGGUUCUGCAGUGUCAGGGAAAUCAGGGCAUAGCCUCGUGGCUUCCAGCUGUAUGGGCUGAUUCCUAUGUUGCCACAGCAACUGCCCUUGAUGGGCACACGCACACCUGCGCUUCAAACACUACCAGCUGCUCUUUCACUGAGUUGCACUGUGGUGAAACCUACUCUGUUACUGUGGUCACGUUGAUCAAUGGUUGUCCCAGUGACCCCAGCGUUGCCAUAGCAAUAAGAACAGUGCCCUGUGCCACGCAGAAUGUGAGCGCCUCGUGGCAGUGUUCUAACAGCAGUGCAGUGGUGGUGUGGGCACCCACAGCAGGUGUGAGUCUGUACAGUGUGACGGCACUGGGGAGGGAUGGAGAUGUUAAACAGUGUAACUCCACCACCAGCACCUGCCAGCUCAGCCAGAUGCACUGUGGGCAAAUUUAUAACAUCACUGUGACGCCUUACACCAACAACUGUUCGGGAGUCCGCAGCACAGCAGUUAGCUUUAGCACAGGUCCUUGUGCUCCCUCUAACCUCUCUGUGGUUCUGCAGUGUCAGGGAAAUCAGGGCAUAGCCUCGUGGCUUCCAGCUGUAUGGGCUGAUUCCUAUGUUGCCACAGCAACUGCCCUUGAUGGGCACACGCACACCUGCGCUUCAAACACCACCAGCUGCUCUUUCACUGAGUUGCACUGCGGUGAAACCUACUCUGUUACUGUGGUCACGUUGAUCAGUGGUUGUCCCAGUGACCCCAGCGUUGCCGUAGCAAUAAGAACAGUUCCAUGUGUCCCGGUAAACGUGUCGGCUUCUGUGGACUGUAGCACGAACACUGGUAACAUUUCCUGGGGGAGUGCCACUGGUGCUGUGGUCUAUAACACUAAGCUUGUGGCGGGGAACGGCCGUGUCGCUUUCUGUUCAACCAGUGGCACUUCCUGCGUAGUCAUGCUGGAAUGUGGGCAGAACUACUCAGCCGUGGUGGUAGCCUCAACAGACGUCUGUAACAGCUCACAGUCCUCCAGCCUUCAGUUCCGCUCCGCACCCUGUGCUCCCACUGGGCUAAAUGUGACGGCAACAUGUAAUUCGAACACAACUUCAGUCGCCUGGAAUCCAUCUAGCGGUAUUGUGGCAUAUUAUGUCGCAUCAGCAGAGCCCAGUAGUGGACUGACACUGACCUGCAACUCUAGCAGCACUUCCUGUGACAUCAGCGGCCUGAUAUGUGGGCAGACAUACAAUGUGUCCGUCACAGCAUAUGGAGGGGAUUGUGUUGGGAGGAAGAGCUUAACAUACACUCUGAAAACAGCUCCCUGUGCUCCUCAGACUGUGCAGUUCCAACUACUUACCUGCCAAUCAGGCAACCUGAGUGUUGUCUGGCAACCUACUAGUGGAGCACUAAUGUACCGUGCUGAAGCUGUGACAUUCCCUGGUCAUCUCCUUAGCUGUUACUCUGCCUACACUUCCUGUAUUAUCCCCGCCCUUGGCUGUGGACAGACCUAUGACAUCAGUGUGGUUGCUGUGGGUGACAGCUGCAAUAGCUCAAGCAGCGCCAUCAGGCAAGCCAGCACAGCGCCUUGUCCUCCCAGCUCCGUCACUGCUGUGGUUAAUUGCUCCACCAACACUCCAACUGUGUCAUGGAAUGCUUCAAGUGUUCCGGGUGCUGUGUACACUGCAAGGGCCGUCACCAAUGCGGCAUCCUCUUCUGGAAUGGAGUGUAACAGCACAAACUCCAGCUGUGCUCUCACAGGCCUACACUGCAGCACUCAGUACAAUGUCACUGUUAUAGCAACUAAAGACAACUGCAUGAGUGCACCUAGUGCCGUGUACUCCUUCUUUACAGCUCCCUGCAUGCCCGACAGCUCAAGUGUUUCUGUUCAAGUGGACUGUGCCACAGACACUGCCCUGCUCUCCUGGGCCUUCAGCGCAGGGGUGGAUAAUUACACAGCUGUAGUCCUGGGGUCAGGAGGUCACUUCAACUCAUGUUCUACCCAGCAGAACCAGUGCAAUGUGUCAUUGCUGUGUGGACAGAGCUACAACCUCACUCUCAUCUCUAUCAACCAGCAAUGCCAGAUCCCCACUGUCAUUAACACCACCUUCCAGUCCAGGCCAUGUGAGCCAGUGGGUAUAGCGGUCAAUAUGACAUGUGGAACAAGCUCUGCUGUGGUGUCCUGGCGGAGAGCACAGGGUGUGGAUUACUACAUUGCACAUGCUGUCCGAGGAGGAGACGGUCAUGAGGACAUGUGUAUCUCCAACUCCUCCAGUUGCCUGUUCUCCAGCCUGGCCUGUGGACAGAACUACACCUUUACUGUCACAGCAUACAUGGGCCACUGCUCUAGCAACACUAGCCAACCAGCUUACAUCUCUACAGCUCCAUGUGUUCCCAGUGGGCUGGUGUCAGCAUCAGGCUGUGGUUCAGCAGGGGCUGUACUGAGCUGGAACUCCAGUGCCGGGGCAGACGUGUAUGUGGUGAAUGGGUGGAGCAGAGAUGGCCACACAGUGUCUCUACGCACAAGCCUGUCUACCAUCAGUCUCCCUGAUCUACACUGCAGCCAGGAAUACAACCUCAUUGUCACAGCAAUCAACCAGCAGUGCAACAGUACUCCUAGUCUACCUGUUAGACUCCAGACAGGGCCCUGCUCUGCUGCUACAGUCUCUGCUGUGCUAGACUGCAUGUCCAGUGUUGCUGUGGUCUCCUGGCAGCCCAAUAAUGGCACAGCCAUUUAUACGGCCACCCUGCUGGACUCCUCUGGGCCACUGCGGAGCUGUGUGGGAGUGGGCUCACAAUGCAACAUCAGUGGGCUGGCCUGCGGAAAGAACUACAGCAUUUCAGUGACUGUGUCCAACGACCAGUGUAACUCCACUACAACCCUACCCACUAGUCUGCAGUCAGUGCCCUGUGUUCCUGUCAAUAUUUCCGUGAUAACAGUAUGUGUUAAUAGCUCAGCUGUAGUGGUGUGGGAUCGCAGCCAGGGGGCGAUAUCCUACUAUGUCAAUGCUGUGAGCAGCAAUGGCAAUGUUUCCUGCCAGAGUACAUCACCCACCUGCACCCUCACAAACCUCACCUGUGGCUCCACCUACUACGUCCAUGUGGUUGCUGUGGGCAACAACUGCUCCAGCAUGCCCAGCCAGCCUAUGGUCAUCAGUUCAGUACCCUGCAAGCCAACAAAUGUGUCUGUAGAUGUGCAGUGUGCAAAUGAUAUUGCAGUGUUAUCCUGGGCAGCGCAGACAGGAGCUGUGCAGUAUUUCGCCACUGCCCAGUCAGACAGCGCCACACCGCUCUACUGCCAGACCACAAACACAUCCUGCACCCUGCAAGGCCUGCCCUGCGGUGCCGUGUACAACUUUACAGUGCAGGCCUCAAAUGGAGACUGCAACAGCUCCUACAGCAAGACACUAACAGGAGGAGGAGUGCCUUGCCCUCCAGCCAGCUUCCGGGUCGUCCCAAGCGUGCUGGUAGGUCAGGGUCAGCUUUUGAGGGCCUACUGGUCCAUUGUGAACUGCCCCAACUCCCACUACCUUCUGGAAGUUUCUGGCAGCAUUCAGGGUGACCCCCAUUCCCUCUUCCAAAUGACCUCGUAUUCGACGAACCGCACAUACUUUGAGACUCCUGUCCCUUGUAGCUCCACCUACAACACCAGUGUGAGGGCUCAGAACUCUGGCGGCACCAGUGUACCAUCAGCCAUCGUCACAGGGAUAUCAGUACCUUGUCCUCCUCUGUCCGUCACUUUUACUGGCUCCAACUCCUCUGCUGUGGUGGCCUGGAAUGCUUCUUUGUACGCCACCGAGUACCACGUCUACCAGGUGACAUCCAAUGGCCAGAUACAAGUGUGUAACACUUCUCAGCUCUCCUGCCCCGUCACCAAUGUCAGCAGCAACCUGAUCAUGGUUACUGCCAGGAACGCAGCUGGGGAGGGCGCUGGUACAUCGGACGUGCGUGUGAUAGCAGCUCGCAGGAGGAGGGACUUGACCCAGACAGAGAUGGGUGAGCUGACCAGCCCACAAGCCAGUUUCACCAUGGUAACAGCUGAUGCUGUCUGGCUGGAAUGGACUCAUGUGGAGGGGGCGGAUUUCUACUCCUUGCUGAUCCGGGAACAGUCCAGGUCAUCUAAACCCGUCGUCAUGACCGUGUACGGAGAGGCCUCCAUCAUCCCGGAGCUCAAACCAGCCACAAUGUACUGCGUCUCGCUUUCUGCCAGAAACUCCUACAGCAGUGCGCCCUACUCAGAACCUGCGUGUGUUGAGACCGCGGCUCUGAGCUAAGGCCACGUUUGCCUCACCUUUGUCAAGGACAAAAUUGCUUAUUUAGGAUCAGUUCAGAUUGUAGAUGUAGGGCAUAUGAUGGGGAUGUACUAAUCCUAGAUCAGCAUUUUUACUCUGAGAAACAUGAGACAUACAUACCAAAGGUCUGGAUCUAGAGAGACUGUCCACUUCAGUGAGUGAACGGUCACUAGAAUACGUAAAUACGCUUUCGAUUUUCCAUCAAAUCAAACUCAUGAAUUGUCGUUUAGGUAAGAAAAAAGGUAUGUUUUAUGUAAUUGCCAAAGGUAUAUUUUAUGUAAUUGAGUUUCCUUAUAAUUCCCUCAGAAAAGCAGUUAGGUAAUUUUCUUACCCAGACAUUUGAUUCCAUUUUUAAUGACCAGAUUUAGCAGGUGUGUUUCAGUGAGGAAACCAGUUCUCCAGAACCGGAGUUGUGUGCCAUCACUCUAAAAGCUCCAUCCUUCACUGAAGGUUAUUUAAAUGAAAUUUUAUGAACAGACUGCUGAUACCCGAGACUCUGUUUUACAAUAGUCUUAAAAGACAAUUUUGGCUUAAACACAUUUCUUUAAAUAUGGUGCAUGCAUGCAGGCAUUAUAUGUAUACAGUUUAUCAACAUUAAUUAGACAAAUUCAGAAGACACUUGUAGGUUGACUAGUUGUUUUAGAUGGUAAAUAAAAUGGCCCUACUUUAGUUAACAUAGCAACACCUAGUUUCUAUCAGCACCACUAUCCAGUCUGUAAGCUUUUCUGCAGUGCAUUACAUUGUACCACUGAUACCACACUCUGUUUACAUCUCACAUAUUAGAUUAUGCAGAAAUUUAAGGAAAAAAAAGUUUGAAAGUAUUUUAUACAGCCAUUCUCAGUUCUGGUUCUGGUGACAAGUGCUGCACAUUGAGUGAUGUCCAUGCUUGAGUAUACCUCAUGAUCUUGAAUUUCAGCUCAUGUGCUGAAGGUGUAGUGCUUCUCACAUUUAGUCCUGGAGGCCCACUUUUGAGUGUUUUCUCUGCUCCCAACACACCUGAUUCAUUAAAGUAGCUCAGUAACAACCCAUUCUUGAGUUAAAAGUGAGAAGCAAAGCACUAAAAUGCACAAAGCAGUGGGCCUCAAGAACCAGUAGCAGAAUAUAAAAAUAUGUUGUACAUGGUUUAAAAACAUUGACUUGUCACCACCAAGCUACAAAGAACGUCCACAUGCCUCUGUUCAGAGGUCAGUUAAAGACCAGUUUCAGUGCCAAAUUGUAAACAUAAUUGUAGGAGCAAUUACAUUUAACAUUAUCAGUAACCAGCCAGAAAGUUACUUUACUUUUACUGCAUUCAUUUUCCUACUGAAUGCAGCCCUAGUUUCAGACAAAAUUCUGAGCAUGAGUUUUUUUUGUGUUGUAAAGCAUAGCAAUAUAGCAGUUAACACUAGUUAAAACUGGCCUCAGAACUCCAACUCUACAGUUACACAACUGUAACACUGAAGGCAGAGGCUCUAUGUGUUUCUAAUGCAGGGUACAUGGAUACAUCUCACUUACUUUAUGCUUCUUUAUCUAUCAAGAACUUUUUCCACACCUGCAGAAUGUAAAUGGGGGUGCUCAGCUCUGGUCAUAGAAUGCACAGGCACACCUGCUUCAACUAAACUGAUUUAAUAUUUAGUAGCUAUAGAGGGAAAUCACUUUAAGACCAGACUUGGGCACUUUGUCCACAGGUUUUAAAAUUACUUUCGAAAAAUGGCUCAGACCGUUUUGCUCCUUUCUAUUUUUUUGGGUCACUCAAUCAGUUAUGGUCCAAAAAUGAAUAUUUCAGGUGCUUGGCUUCCCCCCCCUUCACAUCACUGCUGUCUCUAUUAUAAUGUACAUGAGAAAUAGAAGUACAUAAAUAAACUGCAAGAAAGAUUGUUAAAUAUGCUGUAUUGUCUGUGCAAAUGUAAGCUAUUUAAAUAAAUGAACAACAAAAUUGAAAAUA